AAAGUCUUUGAGUAGUUCACUUGCUCGUUUACAGAGAUAGUUCUCAUCCUGCUUAGAGCAAGAGACUACUUGAGGUAGGAAAUGUGCCUGUAGGUGGGUUUCUCUAAACCUCUCAUAUGUCAAUGCCUUCUCUGCAUUCAUUGCAUGUCCUUGUGUAAGAAAGGGAGGGGAGACGGCACUUUGGGUUCUGUUUAUUGGCUGGUGUUUUUCACGCUUCCUUUAGCUUUGGGGGAGUGUCUGGGUUUGACGUCGGCCAGCUACGGAGUGUCACACCACCCUCAACACAAAGUGGCUGCCUUUGAACUAGCACAACACAGCUGUAGGGGUUUCUGGCAGGACGUGGCGUAGGAGAUAAUUGGUUUUGUAACUUUGUUACACAAAGGGCUUAAAAUCUGUCUUUUCAUCUUAUAGUUUAGCUUACAUUUGCUGGCGUUAACAGUUGGUAGGAGAGGUUUCUUUUCUAACCAUCUGGAAGAACAGGAAAUGCCUACUGUUGGUAGGUAUAUGAGUUUCCGUUCAUCAAAGCGAUUGAAAGUUAGCAGCUAUCCAGUGGAGAGUGGCGGGCUGCCAGCCAAAGCCAAGAAAAGCCGGAACAGCCAGAGCAAUGGCGCCAUCAAGAAGACUGAGGCGAAGAAAGCCUUGAGUUUAGAAACUGCUCAGCUCGAGCUCCAGCAGCAGCACAAAACCCUCAGCAGACACAUCGCCGUCAGAUCGGAGACAUUUGAUGGUGACAACAAAGGCUUCGAGAGAACAGAAGGCACCGGCACGCAAAGUAGUUUCACAAAGCACAACAAAACAUUCCACAAGUUGUUUCCAGACAUUCCUGAGGGAGAAGACUUGAUACAUGCAUACAUCUGUGCUCUGCAGAGAGAAGUGCCAUAUCAUGGUCGCCUCUACAUCACAGACACCCACGCCUGUUUCUAUUCCUCUGUUCUGCUGAAGGACACUAAGGUUGUCAUUCCGGUUUCCUCCAUCCACACGGUGAAGAAACAGAAAACAGCUCUGCUGGUACCCAACGCCUUGUCUCUUCGUACCUCAGAAGGAGAGAAGUACGUCUUUGUGUCACUGAGGAACAGGGAAUCGUGUUACCAGCUACUUCGCUCCGUCUGCCCUCAGAUAGAGGAUGGCAGCACCAACAGUAGCCCUCUCUUUUCCUCAGGCGAAAACAGCUUUGAUAAAAUCAAACACGUGAACUCCAGCCAGUCCAGCUUGGAUGACAGCUUGGAUGGUUCUGAAACUCAGUCCUUACAGAACCAGCCUCUACAGAGAGCUCACCGAGUAGAAGCAGUGCCUCAUGGAAACGGUUCAGGUUUCAGCAGUCAGCAGACUGACAGCUCAUCCUCAGAGGAGCUCUCUGAGUCAGGUGGAUCGUGGAUGUGGAAUGUAACUGAAAAAGCCAAGUCUCUGCUGGUUCAGAGAGAGUUCAGCACCCUCAACACGCUUCUCUUUAUUUACUUGAUUUUGGUGGUACUGCUGCUGCUGUCUUCGGGUUACAUCGGUCUCCGUAUCGUGGCUCUAGAAGAACAGCUUACGUCCCUCGGUGCUCUGCCAGAGUUCACCUUACAGAGCGGGUAUAACAAAAACACAUAAUCCUCAGCGACGGGAGGAGAGACGGGCGGACUUGUGAUUGGAAGAUGACUUCAGCCUCUCUGCAGCUGAACCUGAAGGGCCAACUUUAACGUACUCAGACUCUGCUCCCAACAUGGCCGGCGCUGUUACGUAUAGGAAGAGCAGCAACCUCGUGCAAUUUCAGAGUCGCUAACUUGAACAGCUCUUCUUCCUCCAAGUGCAGUAAAUAAACGGGCGUGUUGCAGCCUCAUUUCACAGAGCCAAGCCAAAUAAAUACUCGCGCUGCCUGGUUGCAGUGUUCCAGUUGUUUAAAAACCAAAGCCACAAUGGCUCAAACUCAGCAAAGUGCCACACUAGCCAAGUCAGAUGGCACUUUGCUUUCAGAAACUUUUCAACAUGUGUGAAUCUGUCACUCAUUGCCCUGUUCUCUCUGAGCAUGCAAUCUGAAUAGGGCUAUACUGAUCAGCAUUAGCCUGCUGUAGUGCUUUUUGCUGCACUUCAACACUGGAGACGUAGUGCUAUGCAUAGCCAAAGAUGCACAAAAUGCACAUCUUUUGCAUGAGUGCACAGAGAAAACUUUUCUAUCUCUUUCAUCAGCUGUAAAUUCAGUCCUGUUUGUUUCUACAUUCAGCAAGUUUUUGGGUACUUUAAAUUGUUCUUUCUCAUUGGCUGUGGGUUGAAAUGAUGAUUCUUUUUUUUUUCUUUUAGAAAAAUCUUUAACGCAGAUCAGCCCACAGAGGCAUAAUAAUUUCCUGAUGGUCCUAUCCUUUCUCUCAAUCUGCCGUGAUUGCAGUUUUACUUUCUUCGUUUUUGACAUGAUUUAAAUAUGUUUAAUGAUCAAUGCUCAGAACUUAUUUUCCUUCCAGUAAAAUAAGUACUGGAUGAAUGCAUCUUCAAUGCACAAAUACUCAGCACAAGGGGACACGAAGAAGUUGUCCAAAAGGCGUAGAUUUUGGUCUUGGAGAGCAGAUUCAAAUCUCUGGUUCAGACGUUUAAUUGUUGUAGCCUCUUCAUGCAAAACUAGCUUUUUGUUCUAAGCGACGUGCUUCUUGAAGACCAAUAGCCAGUAAUGUAUUUCUAAUGCAUGUGUCUGCAGUUAUUGACACUUGACUGAUUACUGUAUUUGCAUUCUUCCUCUGGUCACCAGAGGGACGCAUAAUAACCACAUAACACUGUAAGGUCCGAGUUUUCAAAUGCAAAAGAAAUGUGGUCCAGAAAGGAAAUUUCAACAAAUUAAUAUGCAUGGGAAAAAUGUAACUUAUGUUUGUGUGAAGUUUUUAAGUGAAGAAUUGUGUUUGUGGGGGGGAAAAAAACAGUCCAAUAACGGAAAAGUAAGAAGUGAGAGGAGCGGAUAAGUAAGCAAGCGCACUUUAAAAACGACAAACAUACAUUGUGCCUGUCGCAACCCUCAGACACCUUGGUUGGACUGAAAUGGCAAAGCUGGCGUUCUGCGAUGUUUGAUGGUGCUAAGAAUUAUUUUAAAUUGAUUUCACUCAGGGUUGGUGGGGCUCUUCCUGCCAUGUGGUUUUAGUCGCUACAGCUCGACAUUUCAUUAUGUAGUGCUCAUAAUGGGUUUCACAGUUUGCACGUCUUCAGCUCUUCAGUAACCCUUUAAUAAUAAAUUGAUCUCACUUGAUUUUUAACUGAGAAAUCUGGCGUUCAACUCAUAAUGUUUGUCUUUCCUUUCUCAAAUUUCUUGUUUUUUACUUAAAUCAUUAUCAGUACCACAUUUUAACAUCACCAUUCUUUUGGAGCCUCUUUCUUUGUAGGAGCGGUGAACUCUUCAACGUUUGCUGCAUCCUCAUGGAGAGUCCUCUAAAUGUUCAGCAGAUGUUCUUGUUUUGUUGUUGUCAUGCCAUAUCCAUUACUGUCAGUUAUUGUAUUCCCUCACCAGGGGGCAGUAUGCACAACCACUGUCCUCAAAUUAUCCAUUUCAAGACUCUGGGGUGGUUUUUGUGUGAUUUUUGCACUAUUCAGAGUGUUGUAAAUAAUUUUGUACCAAAUGUUAAUGUCCUUAAUUCUACUUUGGCUCUCUCUAUAUAUUUAUUUGCAUUAUGUGUAAUUUAAAGUAGUCUCUGUGAGAUUGCUUUGUACUGUUAAAAAUAAAUAUUUGGAAGUAAAA